GGCGAGUUUCUGCGACGGCACGACAGGACGGGCUCUGGUGCUUGGUCCCCGGCUUGCAAAAAUCCGGCACCGAGACGAGCCAAGUGGAGCAGUGUCUACAGGACGUUUUGCGCCGCAUCAGCUACCGACCCUUCAACGUCACCGCGCCGGAAACCGCCUCGCUGCAGCCGUUUUCUCAGUUUCUGGCCGAGUUUGCGCGGGUGCUGCACCUUUCGGGGGCUUGGUUAGAGUUCCAGCUGCGCAAGCACAAAGCGGCGUACGCCAGGUUCUAUAACAGUCAAGAAGAUGGAGAUGAUUCCUCUACUAGUUCAUCCGCGUCUUCCUGGAAAAGGUUUUUGGCGCGGAACGGGCUCAAGUUGAAGGCCGACCAAACCCAGUUCGAGGGGCAACCAAAAAGCUUCUCCGACCAAGCUGCCUCGGAGGCCCUGCACAAAGCGGAGGCGAACUUUUAUCGCCUUGUGGGCGAGAUCUGGGAGUAUUUCGGCCCCGAGAUUGACGACGUGUCUUGUGAAGAAGACAAAAAUGUGUACCACUGGAUUCGCGAGUCCUACGGCUUCUUUUUGCCGAGCGUCAGCCAGUAUGACUGUCGGGUGAAGCGGCGAGAGGAUGAUGUUCUUGCCGGUGAUCCUCCUUUGCUUGCCGAGAAAAC